GUUAGUGUUAUAGGUUGCGUUUUGGGCCAAUCCUUAACUGCAGGUUAGGUAGGGGCGAUCUCCCUUGUGUAAAGAGUCAUGUCAAACACUUACUUAACAGCGGGCUUAUGUAACAAUCGCUGGGCUUAUCACCCGCCUGCUGGAGCUACCCCCCACCAUCAUACGUCAAUCGCCGAGUGACCCGAGCUGGAAAGGAACCUGGAGCACCUGCCGCUUCCUCGUCCAGUAAUUCAAGAGCUCGCACCCUACAGGCAGCGACGACCACAGCCUGACGAUUGCGCUCCAGAGUUCCCACUGAUACACUCUCAUUUCCAACCAACUGAACUGUGCACAAGCAUUAUUCCGCCGCCGUCUCGCCCGGACGAUUCGCAGGACUAGCACAGCAGGCAACAGCACCGAACAACCAUAAUCAUCCCACGCUACCGCGAGCGCCCCAGUCGCGCUCUCGGGCCUCGCAAACCGACGAGAUGGCCGUCCUCGACCAGGACAACUUCUCCAAUAUCUCGUGGCACAGCGAGCAGAACCCGGAUGCCGCGGGCCCGAGCACGUCCCACACGGCCCCAUCACAAGACCAGAACCACAAGCCCGAGUACGCCAAGAGCAGGCCGCAUGGACGCAGGACAGGCGACGAGCCCGGCCGUGCCGGCGGCGAGAUCCUCGAGUGCAUAGUCUCGGAGCCGCACAAGGAGAACGACGGCACCAAGGACGCAUAUGUGUCCUACCUGAUAACCACCAAUGUCCGUCUUCGCGUCUGCGCCGAGGGAGGUUGUUAGGCGGCCAGCUAACCCCGCUGUAACAGACAACGUUCUCGACCUUCCAGCGUCCGACCACCGCCGUCCGCCGCCGCUUCACCGACUUUGUGUUUCUCUACAAGGUGCUCACCCGCGACUACCAGGGCUGCGCGGUCCCGCCGCUGCCGGACAAGCAGCGCAUGGAGUACGUCCGCGGCGACCGGUUCGGGCCCGAUUUCACCUCGCGCCGCGCCUACUCCCUGCAGCGCUUCCUCUCCCGGCUAGCCCUGCACCCCAUCCUGCGCCGCGCAAGCAUCCUACACACCUUCCUCGAGAGCCCCGACUGGAACGCAACCAUGCGCAGCCGAGCAGGCCGCGUAGGUCCAGCCGGCGCCGGCGGAGACGGCCUCGGCCAGGGCAGCCCGUCCGCCGUCGGCAGUGGCGGCGGCGGCGUCUUCGACUCGUUUGCCGACAGCUUCAUGAACGCCUUCACCAAGGUGCACAAGCCCGACCCGCGCUUCAUCCAAGUCAAGGAGAAGUCCGACAAGCUGGACGAAGACCUCAACAACGUCGAGAAGGUGGUCGCCCGCGUGGCCCGCCGCGAGGCCGACCUCGAGACGGACCUCAGGGACCUCGCCGAGCAGUUCCAAAAGCUCAUCACGCUGGAGCCGGGCGUCGAGUCCGCCGUGCACGCCUUCGCCGCCUCAGUCGAGGACACCGCGGCAGGGCUCAAAAAGCUCAAAGACCACACAGACCAGGACUACCUCGGCUCGCUGCGCGACAUGACCGCCUACUCGGCCGCGCUCAAGACCCUCCUCAAGGCGCGCGAGCAGAAGCAGCUCGACUACGAGCAGCUGACCGAGUACCUCAACAAGUCGACCGCCGAGCGCGACUCGCUCACCGGCGGGCCGGGCGCCGGACACGGGCAUCCCCACGGGUUCUCGGCGGGGCCGUUCGGCAGCGGCGCGCUCGGCGGCGCCAGCGGCUUCCUGCGGUCGAAGCUGGAGGACGUGCGCGGGGUCGACCACGAGCAGGCGCGGCGCGACCGGCUGCGCAAGCUGGAGCUACGCAUCGACGAGCUGACGCACGCCGUCGAGGCCGCGCGCGCCGACGCCGACUCGUUCGCCGACCAGGUCGUCCGCGAGGUCGACACGUUCGAGUGGAUCAAGCGCCUCGAGUUCAAGCGCCAGCUCGGCGGCCUCGUCGACGCCCACCUCGGCUUCUACUCCGGCGUCGUCGACACUUGGGAGCGGUACGUCCGCGAGAUGGAGGCCCAGGGCGUCGUCCUCCCUGCUUAGAGCGCGGAUGCGGCUGCUGGCCGGCACGGUGGAGGGGAUAAGCUCGAGGAGGAGGCGCAGGAGCAGGAAGAAGGAUUUGUGCGCUACCGCUGGGGUGCCGAUGGCGCCCUGGAGGAAGUUGACGACCAGCAACACGAGCAGGACGACGGCGUCGUAGACUCUCCUCGGCAACCCCAUCCGAUCG